GCCCAAUUGUCAAAGCCCACAUAUGGGCUGGACCCAACACUUAUCGGCAGUGCAGCAGGUGGCGUUGUAGCUGCCAGCGUAGCCUUCGUCCUCUGCGUUGUGAUGUAUCAGCGCAAGAAGAGGAUGGUUGGAAACGAGUCCACCGGUGUCUCGGCUUGGUUGCCUAUCUACGGUGGGAACUCUCAUACCUCGGCCAGCAGCUCAACCAUCUCCGGCAAGAGUUGCGCGAGCAGCCACCUGUCGAAUUUAACGGCUAUGUGCAGGCAUUUCUCGUUUGCGGAGAUAAAGAAGGCAACUAAGAGCUUCGACGAGUCGCUGGUCAUUGGAGUUGGAGGGUUCGGGAAAGUCUACAAAGGAGUGGUCGACGAGGGCACCAAAGUGGCAAUCAAGAGAUCCAAUCCGUCCUCGGAACAAGGCGUUAAUGAAUUCCAAACGGAGAUCGAGAUGCUUUCAAAGCUGAGGCACAAGCAUUUGGUCUCUCUCAUCGGCUUCUGCGAAGAAAACGGUGAGAUGAUCUUGGUCUACGACUACAUGGCGUAUGGCACACUCAGGGAGCAUCUGUACAAGACCAACAAUCCUCCAUUGUCAUGGAAACAAAGGUUGGAGAUCUGCAUCGGAGCAGCCAGGGGGCUUCACUACCUCCACACCGGUGCCAAGUACACCAUAAUCCACAGGGAUGUCAAGACCACCAACAUUCUACUGGACGAGAAAUGGAUGGCCAAGGUUUCAGAUUUCGGGCUAUCCAAGACCGGUCCCACGAUGAAUCAAACCCAUGUGAGCACCAUGGUCAAAGGAAGCUUCGGCUACUUGGAUCCGGAGUACUUCAGGCGGCAGCAGUUGACCGAUAAGUCCGAUGUCUACUCGUUCGGGGUGGUUCUUUUCGAGGUGUUGUGUGCAAGAGCAGCACUGAGCCCAAAUCUUCCAAAGGAGCAGGUCAGCCUCGCCGACUGGGCAUUACACUGCUAGAAGAAGGGAGUGCUGGCGGACAUCAUCGACCCUCACCUGGAAGGAAAAAGUAGCCCCGAGUGCUUGAAGAAGUCUGCAGAGACGGCUGAGAAGUGCCUGUUGGAUCAUGGAGUUGAUAGGCCUUCCAUGGGGGAUGUGUUGUGGAACCUCGAGUUCGCACUGCAACUGCAAGACAACUUCGAAAGUGGGAAACCGGUCUCAGAGGAGGUUAGUGACAGAGCUGCGUCAGGGGUGAAUGGUGGUGGCAGCCACCAGUCCGGAAGUACCGGCGUAGGGAGCGAGGACUCGGAUGAUAUAACCAAUAGUGCAGUGUUCUCUCAGCUCAUCAAUCCGGUGGGACGAUGA